AUGGAGAAUAGUACGCAGGCACCAUCGCUGGGGCCUGAGAAGCCGACAUUUGGGAUAGCAGACAUUGUUGUGCUUGUCAUUUACUUUGUAUUUGUCUUUGUGGUUGGGAUAUGGUCUUCAGUGCGGGCCAGCCGUGGAACUGUAGGAGGAUAUUUCCUUGCCGGAAAAACUAUGACAUGGUGGCCUAUUGGAGCAUCACUCAUGUCCAGCAAUGUUGGUAGCACUCUUUUUGUUGGAAUGGCAAGUUCUGGAGCAUCCGGAGGUUUGGCGGUUGGAGGCUUUGAAUGGAAUGCUACCUGGGUGUUGAUCGCACUUGGCUGGAUAUUUAUGCCUGUCUACAUUGCUUCUGGUGUGAUCACCAUGCCAGAGUAUUUAAAAAAACGCUUUGGUGGUCACCGCAUCCAAAUGUAUAUGUCAGUGCUUUCCCUUCUUCUCUACAUACUUACCAAAAUAUCGACAGAUAUAUAUGCAGGAGCACUCUUCAUUCAGGUCUCUCUAGGCUGGGACAUUUACUUGUCUACAAUUAUACUGGUCGUCGUUACAGCAAUUUACACCAUUGCAGGUGGGCUGACAGCUGUAAUCUACACAGACACUUUGCAAGCUGCCAUCAUUGUGAUAGGUGCCCUUACACUCACCUUCAUAUCUUUUCACAAGAUUGGCUGGUACCCAGGCCUGGAGCAGAAGUAUAUGGAGGCCAUACCUAAAGUGAUUAUCCCCAAUACAACAUGUCAUUUGCCCCGAAAUGAUGCCUUCCACAUAAUACGUGACCCAAUCACUGGGGACCUGCCCUGGCCUGGCCUCAUAUUUGGUGUGACCAUCCUAUCCAUAUUUGCUUGGUGUAAUGAUCAGAUUAUGGUGCAGAGAUCUUUGGCAGCUAAGAACCUCUCCCAUGCCAAAGGAGGAUCUAUCCUUGCGGGGUACUUGAAGCUGUUGCCCAUUUUCUUUGUUUUAAUGCCAGGGAUGAUCAGCAGGGCCCUAUAUCCAGAUGAAAUUGGUUGUGUGGACCCCAAAGAAUGUAUGAUGUACUGUGGCUCUGAACAGGGCUGUGCCAACAUCGCCUAUCCCAAGCUGGUGAUUACACUCCUGCCUGUAGGACUGAAGGGAUUAAUGAUAGCGGUAAUAAUGGCUGCCCUGAUGAGUUCGCUCACUUCCAUCUUUAAUAGCGCCAGCACCAUUUUUACGCUGGACAUCUGGGUUUUUUUCCGCAAGCAUGCAAAAGAAUCGGAGCUUAUGAUUGUGGGUAGAGUUUUCACGGCAGUCCUUGUAGUGAUCAGCAUCGCCUGGAUCCCCGUUAUCCGAGCCACUAGCAGUGGAAUAAUUGAUUAUGUGCAAUCCAUUAAUAGCUACCUGACCCCCCCACUGACUGCCAUAUUUAUUCUUGCUAUCUUCUUCAAGAGAGUCAAUGAGCAGGGUGCGUUCUGGGCUCUGAUUAGUGGGCUGCUAAUUGGAUUAAUCCGAAUGGUCAUGGAUUUUGUAUACGGUCAACCAAAGUGCGGACAGCUGGACAAUCGGCCAUCAAUCGUUAAGGAUGUUCAUUACUUGUACUUUACAAUAAUUCUUUUUGGUUUGACAAUUAUUAUCUGCACUGUGAUUAGUCUGUGCACCCCAGCCAUUCCUGAAGAGCAGCUUGCAAGUUUAACUUGGUGGACAAGAAGAGACCCAAAUCAGAACAUUAUUUGUCAAACUUCCUCAUCCCAAGAUGCCAGCGAGCUCACCACCAAUGGCUCCCAGCUGGAGCAGGAGCCAGAAAAUGUAAUACCAGAGACACAAGAUGUCGUGUCUCCUAUUCAAGUACAGAAGGAAGGCCAUGUAGCCCCUUCAUUCCCAUGGUGGAAGAAGCUCUGUUACUGGUUCUGUGGUAUCUCCAUGCAGCCUGAGGUCCAAAUGACUGAAGAACAAAAGCAGAACCUGCAGAAGAAAUUGACUAGCAUUAAAGAAGAGCCUUUCUGGAGAAAUGUGUGCAAUAUUAAUGCUGUCAUAGUGCUUGCAAUCAACAUUUUCCUUUGGGGAUAUUAUGCAUAA